GGCCUGGGGGGCCGGUAGGAUUUUAUUUCUCUUCCUUGCUUCCCAACGGACUUUUGGGGCCGGGAGAAGGGAAAUUGGUUUUUUGUCGGCGGCCGCGACAAGGAAGAAGCUACCGCCGCCUUCCCGGCGCUGCUUUGUUUUGGUGGGGAAGCUCCGCGAGGAGGCCCGUGACUUUCAGCUGACGAGACUGAAGCCCCCGCUCCCGGGCUCUCCUCGAUUUCUCCGUCCUUCUAGCGGGUGCGAGGGGACCCCUCUGACCUGGAGCGGGUUUGGCCCAGGUCGGAGGCGGAGGAGGGAAGGCCGGGCCCCUGUUCCAGGUGACGCGGAACUGGAAGCCCUGAGCUGCCCUGCUGCCGCGGCGGGGGAAAGGCUCCCCUGUCCCGAGGACGACGGCGCUGGACUACGUGUGCGACAUGUCCCCCACCAUCUCCUACAAAGACAGCAGCCGGCAGCGCCGGCCGGGCUCCUACCAGAACUCCGCGGAUAUGCUGAACAGGGAGCUCCCGCCCCCGGACUUCUGCGGGGAUGGCCGCCCCGGGGCGGCCGCCGAAGUGGGAGAUGACCGAGAGGCGCUUCUCCAAGAGCCGAGCGUCACACCGCUUGGGACACCUCGGGGCUACCGAGCGGAGCUGGGCAGUAUCUUGCUGCUCCUCUUCCUCUACGUGCUGCAGGGCAUCCCGCUGGGUCUCGCGGGCAGCAUCCCGCUCAUCUUGCAAAGCAAGAACGUGAGCUACACGGACCAAGCUUUCUUCAGCUUCGUCUUCUGGCCUUUCAGCUUGAAGCUGCUGUGGGCCCCCCUGGUGGAUGCCGUGUACUUCAAGAGCUUUGGCCGACGCAAGUCGUGGCUUGUGCCCACUCAAUACACCUUGGGGCUUUUUAUGAUGUACCUUUCCAGGCAGGUGGACUCUUUGCUUGGGGAGGAGGAUGGCAAAAGCCCAGAUGUGGUUGCCCUUACAGUGACCUUCUUCUUGUUUGAGUUUUUGGCAGCCACUCAGGACAUAGCUGUAGAUGGCUGGGCAUUGACUAUGUUGUCUCGGGAGAAUGUGGGCUAUGCUUCCACUUGUAACUCUGUGGGCCAGACAGCUGGCUACUUCUUGGGAAAUGUCUUGUUCUUGGCUCUGGAAUCAGCCUCCUUCUGCAACAAGUAUUUGCGGUUUCAGCCUCAACCCAGAGGAAUUGUAUCGCUUUCAGAUUUCCUAUUUUUCUGGGGUGCUGUUUUCUUAAUAACUACCACCUUGGUCGCACUCCUGAAAAAAGAAGAUAGGGAAAGACACCCAUCAAAAGAAGAAACAAAAGGCAUCAUGGAUACAUACAAGCUGCUCUUCUCAAUAGUAAAAAUGCCAGCAGUCCUUACAUUUUGUGCCCUGAUUUUAACAGCAAAAAUUGGAUUCUCAGCAGCAGAUGCAGUCACAGGCCUCAAACUGGUAGAAGAAGGAGUACCUAAAGAACACUUGGCUCUUCUUGCUGUUCCAAUGGUUCCACUGCAGAUCAUAUUGCCUCUGAUUAUCAGCAAAUACACAGCAGGUCCACAGCCCCUGAACACAUUUUACAAAGCUAUGCCUUUUAGGUUACUGUUUGGGCUGGAAUUUGCUUUCCUGGUUUGGUGGACUCCCAAAGUAAAAUACGAAGGAGGAUUUCCCAUCUAUUACUAUAUUAUAUUGCUUCUGAGUUAUGCUUUGCAUCAGGUUACGCUGUACAGCAUGUAUGUUGCUAUAAUGGCUUUCAAUGCCAAAGUUAGUGACCCACUCAUAGGCGGAACGUACAUGACACUACUUAACACAGUGUCGAAUUUAGGAGGAAACUGGCCGGCAACAGUAGCUCUUUGGCUUGUGGAUCCACUUACAGUGAAGGAGUGUGUCGGAGCUCAGGGACAUAACUGUGGAUCUGCAGCUGCUGCAGAACUUUGUACAAAAGAAGGUGGAUCUUGUAUUAUUACCUUGGAUGGUUAUUACGUGGAAUCCUUAAUAUGCGUGGCUUUGGGAUUUGUUUGGUGGUUGUUUCUUGGUCCCAAAUUCAAAAAGCUGCAGAACGAAAGGGCAUCUUCAUGGAAAUGCAGGAGAACCAGUUCAUAGGAAAACACUGACAAAAGUUGUUAUGGUUUUAUCCCAUAAUGAGUACACAAAAGAAUAAAUACAUCUGUGUAGGAAAAAAAAAGGCCAGUUUAUGCCAAAUAACGUUCCAAAAAACCAAGCCAGGAAAGUAGUAUAUGGAUCAGUUACAAAAGCACACACACCAACAUUUCCUUAAGUUAAAAAUGAAUAAAUAAUCAUACUCAAAACAGCACUUUAAAACUACAGAGCUGUUCUGCUAACUUGCAGUGUCUGCCUUUUUUCUUCUGAUUGAUUUCUUUAACAUUAUCUCUAAACAAAACUUUGAUGAAACCAUAACAUUUUGAUUUAAAUGUAAGCGUUGAAUGUGUAUGGUAAAAUAAGCUGUAGAGAGAACAAUCAAUUUGAUACAUUUUCCACGACCCCUUUUAAUUGCUGACCAUAACUACGCUUUAUAGGAGAAAACAAUGAGUAUCAAAAGAUUCUCUCAAAUGUAUUUUCCUGGCUUCUACAAGCUUUAAAGAUUUAUAAGAGGAAUAUUUUUAUAGUGGUGAAAAUUUACCUUUUUUGUUUUCUUUUAAUGUGUACACCUGACUUCAAGGCACUUGAUUUGCAAAUAGAAGUGGUUUCUUCAGGGCAGCAUUCAUAUGAGAGAAGCAGUUCACUAGGCACUUAUGAUGAUCACACCUGGUAGAGAGGCAGGCAGGCAUAUUGACCUAGUACUGAAGAACAGGCUUCCAAAAGAUAUGGGGCACAUAUAAGGCCAGUGAAUUCAGCUUGCUUGAAAAAGCAAAUACUGUGUGCUGUUUCUCAAGGAUUGCUGUUUUUUUCUUUUAUGAGGCCCAAAGAGGACUAGGCAAAAGAUGUGGUGCCUUUUGGAAAGAAAUGGUGAUGGUUUGUCUAUACUUUUAAUGUUUUAGGACAUUCAUAUCGUUCUAAUGUAACAGUCAUUCAAUCAUUCCUGGCUGCUGUCUGGAAUCUCCUACAACUGGUAAAGCGAUUUUUGCAAUUCUCAUUAUUAAGAGGGAAACUUCUCUUUAGUGCCUUAAGGAUGUACAAGACAAUGUAUAUCACAUAAGGAAGGGGCACUGUUAUAGUAUGUUGUUGGAUGUAUUUUGUACAUCUCUCAUGAUAUUAAAAUACCUUCAAAAGGUGUGGCAGGCUAGUGUCAUACUCUUGAUGCUGUCUCAGUUUUACUGGUUAUUUCAAGAGGUCAGUUCUUUCUGAAAUGGAUAUUAAUUCUUGAUUCCAAGUGAAUCUGUGAUUUACGGUGUACUGUUUUUCUUUUAAAGCUCUUUUCUGAGUGUAAAUAAAUGUUAAGCCUGUUUGAAAAGGAAGUUUACACAGCUCUUAAGCACACUUACUUGGGAGUAAAUGCCACUGAAAUUAGUGGGACCUACUUCCAGGGAAACAGAGUUAGGAUCAUAGGGUUGGAAGAGAUUUUAAAACCAACAGAGAGAAAAACAUUCUUAGUCUUCCCUUGAUCUAUAUUCCUCUCCUUCUGCAGAACAAAGUGGCCCACCGUUAAGCAAUGUAUAACCGAAGUCACCAACACCCUAGAUCCCAGUACUUAGAUUUAUAGCUGUUUAAGUGGUUUGUGGAUUUCAGGGAACCCCUUGCAACCUUAAAACUAUAUUUAUAGCAAGCUGUUUGUUUCUACAAUAAUAGGGAGGACUCCUAGACUGCUCCCAAUAGGAUUUUAAGAUUGCAGCCUAUCAAUGAUAUUCAUCAACUAGUUAAAACAGCAAUACUCUGAUUGAAUUCAUGGACCUAAACUAGAUAACAUCCAGGAACUACCGUACUAUUUAACUAGUGACUUUGGCAGGAAGUUGGGUUACACAUUGCUUCCCUAUGGCCACCUGUUUAAUAUGUUCUGCAGGUGGGCAGUGUGUGCUGAGAUUGCAGGUUGUUUGUGUGUUCUGUUGGUUGAGCUCCAAUAACUUCAUUUAGAUUUGGCUGGUAGAAUAUAGGGAUGCCAUCUUUAUUGGUCUAUCCUCCGCCUUUAAAAGCUGCUUGAUUUGCAGGCAUUUGUUAGGUGAUAAUGCUGAUCUCUGACAGCAAAGAGUUGCACCUAUUGAUUUCUAUAGAUCAAGCUGAUGUUGAAGGCAAGGUGUCUGCUGGGUUUUGGGUCUGUUAGUAAACUUCAUAGGAUUUGAGACACUCUAGUCCGUCCGUUCCUCCCCCCCCCCCCCCCGGGCAUAUUCGAACAUGGUGAUAAUGUAUUAAUAUCUUGUAGUUCAGUUCAUAUGAAUAAUCAGACCUGUUUACUUGAAUGAAAAAUCCUUGGCGCUCUCACUAAGUUCUUUUAGUUUUCAUUCAUUGUUAUUUUGUUUGCCUUAAUUUUGAUCCAUCCCUAUUGGCUAGGUGGGACAAAUAAAGUGAUGCUACUUUAAUACUAUAUGUGUACGAUAGUUAAUGAGAGGAUAUUUAGUGGCUAAAACUUGUGUUUAUCAUUUCCAUUUUUUUUUUUUUUUGCCACAGCAUAAAUGAAAAGCCUGUUAACAGAGAACGUUUAUUAACUGUCUCUAGACAAUGUUAGGGAGGGGAUGCUUCUAGAAAAAAGGUGUCUGGCUUGCAGAACAUGCACAGGAAAUUAGCCAGUGAGGCUUUCUAUGUUUUCCAGUUCUGUAUUACUGAUUAUACAGGGUGCCAAGAAAAAUAAAGGCUAUGCAUUUAAACAAAUGUCUGAUGCUGUAGAGUAAAUGUUGUGAAUGGCUAAUAAAACUAAAACCCAGAAUCGAUAGCAAAGCUUGAACUAAAAGUUUCCUAAAAAAUGAGAAACCUUAAAAGAAAUUUCAACAUACACCGAGAGUGAAAGGAGUGCUCAGCAUUACUUUAUUGCACUUAAACACAUUUGUAUUAAACUUGUGUUGAAUUCUUGGACACUCAUCACGGAUGUGAUUUUUGCAUAGGAAUUCCUAUAGAUUUGGAAGCAUAUCCUGAGUUGUGCCUGCACCCGAGAUAGCAGAGUCUAUGGAGUUGCUAUAGGUUCAGCAUCCACCUUUCACUUAUCUGAUUUGUACUAAAUGAGAACAAAAUGAGACCUGUAGUUAUUGAAGGCUAUCUGCAUUAUUUGAGAGGUAAAUUAUGCUGCUUGAUAUAAUUUCAGGUGCAGGCUACAAAUGAUGUAAAUUGGGGAAAAGGUCUACUUAAAGUUCUAUAUGGUUUUCCCUUAAUUGGAGUAAAUAAUAACGUGAUACUCUUGGCCUAAAAUUGCUUCCCAUUUUCAGGAUAAUGAGAGAUUCUCUGACAGCAAUUUUGAUCAUUCGUGGCAAUCAAGUACAAUUACCUCACAAAAAGUGGAACACAUCUUCUCACUUGUAUAUAAGGUUCACAAGAAAAUGUUUUCUAUAGCAAUAAUCACGUCAUGUGAAAGGAGAAAUUGUCAAGGGGGGGGAGAUAUGCUGAGUUGUGAUAAAAGUAUUAUUUGAUGAGCUCUCAUCUGCACUCUGUGGUGCUGUCUUCAGUUCUGAUUAGAUUUACAAAGCUUAAGUUGUUUUUUCUGGGUUUUCUAUUGGCUAUAAAGUUCAUAGUUUGAAGAAUAUUCUUUUUAUACUGUAUAUUCAAAGGUUCAUCAGAGAUGACUGUAGAAGUAUUGAAUAAUAAACUUGCCUUUUUAAAAAGAAGGCUAAAACUAUUUACUUGAUACAAACUAUAUACAAAGCAAGUUAAUCUACAAAGGAUUUGCAGAUGUACAUUCUUGUUGAAG